AUGGCAAAUAAUGGCAACAGAGACCGAGGGGGCAACGCUCCCGCCCGUGCUGGCAGGCUAGGAAUACGAGGAGGGCCUCCAAGAGGGCCGUCACGAGGAUCGUUUGGAGGUUCUUCGAGAACCUCGGGCUCUGGACCAGACUCGCCAUCCAACGCCGUCCCAGCAAACUGGCCGUCCAAUGUCACCUACCUCACAACGCCCGUCUACGCUGGCAUCUCACAACGACAGCGCAAGAUGCUGCAGACACAGCCGGCCGACCUGCCCGGCGCGCCGGCGUCCACCCCGCCCCUAUCGGAGGUGCCGUCCAUCCUGCGCUUUGGACCCAGCCCGCUCGUCGAGAUCCGCUCCAUCACCGACCCACACCAUCCAGCCUGUGGCCAGCGGGGCCUCUUUGCCGCCCGCAACCUCCGCGCCGGCUCCUUUAUCCUGCCCUAUCUGGGUGUCUACCAUCGUGGCAAUGUCGCUGCUGGACGACCGGGCACCAACCCGCACAACAAGCGCGAGUCCGACUACGACCUCUGGCUCGACCGCGAGGCCGACGUCGCCGUCGAUGCCGACCGCCAGGGCAACGAGGCCCGCUUUAUCAACGACUACCGGGGUACCGGCAAGCCGCGGGCCAACGCCGAGUUCCGCGAGGUCUGGGACCCGCGGCGCGGCGAGCGCGGCAUGGCGGUGUUUGUGCUGCCGGCGGGCAAGCGGGCGCUGCUGCAGGCGGCGGCGAACGGACAGAGCAGCAGCACGGUGGGCGGCAUUGCGCAGGGCGACGAGAUCCUGGUGAGCUACGGCAAAGGCUUUUGGGAGAUGCGGCAAAAGGAGGCGGAAGAAGCGAGGGCCCAAGAGGCUCCCGCCACGGGCGAAGAGGGAGAGACAGCAGCAGGGGAGCAGGCAGCCGGUGCAUCCGCUCUGUCGACUGUGCCCGAAACCGAAAGCACAACGCAGCCGGAGGCGGCUGAAGAAGAAGAAGAGACGGAAGAGGAGGAAACAGAAGCAAAAGAAGAAGACGUGAGUGGACGCCCACAAGCAGACUCCGUCUCAGACCAAAUGGGCUCGCUGAAAGUGGUCGGCAGGUUUCCCAAGAACAUCGCAUGGGCUUGA